AUGCCGAACGAAAUUAAAGACAUCACCACCCGCGAUGAGGAUUCAUUCCCCUACGUCUUUGAGCAAAAUGUCUCAAUUAACCUGAAGGAUGCUUCAGGCAUUGUCCGCGCAAACGUCUACCGUCCGAAAUCCUCCGCCAAAGUUCCCGUGAUUGUCACCUACGGCCCAUACGGAAAGGAUAUCCCAUACAAAGACUUCCACGCCGAUAGCUUCAGCGAAGUUAACCCCGAACAAAAGUCCGAGCACUCCUCUUGGGAAACCCCCGACCCAAAGUACUGGACUAGCCAGGGUUAUGCCGUGGUCCGUGCCGACGAGCGUGGAACUGGCCAGUCGGUCGGUAAGCUCGAUACCAUGUCCCGGGGAACCAGCGAGGCCUUCUUCGAUGUGGUGGAGUGGGCGGCUGAGCAGGAGUGGUCCAACGGAAAGGUCGGCUUGCUCGGUAUCUCCUACUACGCUGGAAGUCAAUGGCGUGUUGCGGCCCGUCAGCCAAAGGGUCUCGCCUGUAUUAUUCCCUGGGAGGGCAUGUCCGAUUACUACCGGGAUCGCUGCCGCCACGGUGGAAUCCUGUCCAGCAAGUUUAUCAAGUUCUGGUGGGAUCGCCAGGUCGUGAGCAACCAGUACGGCCUUGGUGGUCGGGCCGCGAGAAACUGGGGCCCUGAUACCAUCGAGGGAGAUCUGAGCGAGGAGGAGCUCGUGCAGAAUCGCCAGGAUCAGAAUAUCGAUAAUGUCGAGAACCAGUUCCGCGACGAUAUCUACUAUGCUUCCAAGGAGUACAGCAUGUCUGAUAUCCAGGUUCCCCUGCUCUCCGUCGCGAACUGGGGCGGUAUCUUGCUUCACCUGCGUGGAAAUGUCGAGGGAUACACACAGGCUGGCUCGGAGCUCAAGUACCUCCGUUUCGUGACCGGUCGUCACGAUCUCCCCUUCUACUACAGCGAAGAAGUCGAGCUGCAGCGCAGCUUCCUCGAUGCCUUCCUCAAGGGCGAUGACCGUGUCGGCUGGUCAACUGGCAAGGCACCCAAGGUUGAUAUCGUGCUCCGCAAGGGCGACGUCGGCUUCAACAAUGCCGAGGCCGAGAAGGCCUACACCCGUCGCACGGAGCACGAGUGGCCCAUCGCCAGAACCCAGUACACAAAGUACUUCCUUACCUCCCAGCGGGAGCUGCUCACACACGCGCCCGUCGAGCGUCCCGUUAAGAUCUCUUACGAAGCCCUCGGAACGCUGGAUACCCCCCAGCUCGUCCAGUUCACCACACCCGCUUUCGAGAAGGAGACCGAGAUCACAGGCCACAUCGUCGCACACCUCAAUGUCUCAAUGAGCCCCAAUGCUGGCGCUCCCACCCCGCAAGACCUCGAUCUCUUCGUCACACUACGCCACAUCUCCGCUGCCGGUAAGGAAGUCUCUUACACCGGCACAGCUGGUGAUGCUGUUCCUCUGUGCAAGGGUUGGCUGCGUGUGAGUAUGCGCAAGGUGAACAAGGAGCACGUGCGGAACCGCCCUUACCUUCCUCACCGUGAUUACUACUCCACUGACAAGCUUCCUGUUGUCCCCGGUGAGAUCUACCCCGUUGAUGUGGAGAUCUGGCCUACCAAUGUCGUGGUGGAGAAGGGUGCCAAGAUUGUGUUGGAGAUUGCUAGUGGAGACACCCAAGGCUCUGGCAUGUUCCAGCACAACUCGCCUAUUGACCGAUCUGUGGAACGAUUCCAGGGUCAGAACCAUAUUCACUUCGGACACGGCGACAACUAUGUUACUUUGCCCAUUAUCCCUUGA